UCUGUGGGUAUAGUCCAUUAAACAAGACCAGUUUAACAAAAUCUCUUAAGAGCUAAAACUAUAACCAGGUUUGAUCCACCAACACUAAAACCCGCAUCAGUUUAAAUUUACUAAACUGAAACCCCCCAAACAUCACCCCGUCUUAACAUCUUUAUAAUAAAGCAGGGUGGAUUUCAGUAUAUUUGUUACAACUGGACACAAGUUUUCAUUCUGCAAGGUGAACUCACAUUUCAAGAGUUAAUAAUACAGAAACAUUACUUGCAUUAUAUGUGUAGUAGUAUACCUCAAACAUGAAAACAGAAGUCUAGAGAUAUAACAUGAAGAUAAAAUCCUAAAAUAACUGCCUAAAAGUAAUCAAGCUCUCUGACAACUCUCUUAUUAACACCUUAAUUGAUUUGAAGUUCUUCAUUUGAAUCCCAGUGAACAAUUACUCACAUAAGUAGUCUUUAGUUACUCACAUAAAUGGUCUCUACAAACUUUAGUGGGGUUACUCCUGAAAAUAACAGCUCACCAAAGUUCAAAAUCUAUAGGUCUUUCCUUAAAACAUUUACAGAGAAAUUUAAAUGAACACUUGGAAUUAAUAACCUUACUUACUAGUCCAUGAUUUUUCUCAGUGUUACCGGUAUCAAUUCUUAGAACAGAGGGGCCAUAAAAUUUUAGGAAAAACAAGUUAUGAGCAAUACAAUCUCAUAAACAAUAAGAAAUCCAAUAAAAUAAUGAGAAAGAACUAGCAAAAAAGAACCCCUUAAGAGAAUCUAGGAUGACUGCCCAAAAUAGCUCUCCCCCACCCCUAAAAAACACACUUAUACACACACAGGUAAUUACUGCUUACAGAUUUUGGGGGAGGAGCUUAUGUCCAGAAGUCACCCAACUAAGGGGAAAACCAGAUAAAUACUCAAGGGUGGCACUUAAAAUCAUCAGCUUCUGCUCACUCACCAGUGGCAGAACUCCUCCUCAGUAGAGGAGGAUUCACUCCUCUAGCACGCUGCAUUGGAGCUCCACAACAUUUUGGUAUGUCACGAUUUCAUUAUAUUCUCUUUGGUUUUGAAGGUUACUUCUUCAGGAUGCCUUGUUUUCUGUCUGGGGAGGGAAGAGGGUUGAUAUUUAAGGGCCAGUGACAGCAUCCUCAUGCCACUGGGGCUCUUUGUAAGGCUACAUGUAAAAACAGGUUUCAGCCUUGGUGAGAAUUCUGCCACUGAUGCUGAAGGAACCAGGACUUCAUCCUUCAUUUGCUACAGCAUUAGAGAGAGGUAGUAAGAUCAUGGAAGUGUUUAUGUAUCUUCACUGAAGACUUUUCAUCUUUUCAGGAGUUUUGGUAUAUGGAGCCCCUGAACUUACUUUGGAGGUCUAGUUAAAACAGUCACUCUUUCUGAAUACAGUUGUCUUGAAUAGGCUGCCAUCCAAUCAAAACUAUUCUUUUCGUAAGAGUGAGACUAUUGCCUCUAAUCUAUCUAUGCAACAGCUCCAUCAUUCAAAGUGAGAGCAAUACUGAUUCCCUUUUUCUUAGAGCAUUUUUCAAAACUAGUGAAAGUAGAUGGAAGUAAGCACAAAAUAUUGUUAUUUUUAAUAUCUAUAAUUUAAGAAAACUCAUCUAUUCAUGCUCCAAAAUCAGAGCUAAACAACUUUUCUUUACAACAAACUUUCUCUACCUUUUCUAACACAGAACAGAUUUGGAAACAUGCAUUUACAAGUAUCUUUACUGCUGCUGUUUUGUCUGAACAUUGUCCAUGGUGGUGAUGGAUAUUUUUCUGAGCGAUAUCAGAAACAAUCCAGCAUGAAGGGGCCACAUUUUCUACCCUACAAUGUAAAGAGUCAAGGUGUGCAGGUAAGGGGGGAACAAGGACCCCCCGGUCCCCCAGGCCCCGCUGGACCAAGAGGACAACCAGGUCCUGCAGGAAAGCCAGGGUUUGGAAGUCCGGGUCCCCAAGGCCCCCCUGGUCCUCCAGGACCACCUGGGUUUUCUGCAGUUGGAAAGCCAGGAGUGCCAGGUCUACCAGGAAAGCCAGGAGCAAGAGGACUAAAUGGUGAGAAAGGAGAACCUGGACCUGCUGGACUCCCAGGAGCAAGAGGACCACAAGGGCCCCCCGGCACUCCCGGCCCCGCAGGACUGACUGUCCCUGGCAAGCCAGGACCACAAGGCCCUCCAGGAGCUCAGGGGCCAAGGGGACCCCCUGGCGAGAAGGGAGAGCCAGGUAUCCCAGGUAUAAACGGACAAAAGGGAGAAAACGGAUUUGGAAUUCCAGGCCGGCCAGGUGGCAGAGGUCUUCCGGGCCCACAGGGACCCCGGGGCCCCCCUGGUCCUGCUGGGAUUGGGAAGCCUGGUGAAAAUGGCCUGCCAGGUCAGCCAGGUCUGAAAGGUGACCGAGGUUUUCCAGGUGCACCUGGAGCAGUUGGUCUCCCAGGUCCCCAGGGUCUCCCAGGUGAACCUGGAGAAGUAGGCAUUGGCAAGCCUGGGCCAAUGGGACCUCCAGGAGCAGCAGGCAUCCCUGGAGCCAAGGGACAUCCCGGACCUGCAGGGUUGCCCGGAUCCCCAGGACUCCCAGGUUUUGGAAAGCCAGGGUUGCCAGGGAUGAAGGGACACAGAGGGCCUGAAGGUCCUCCUGGCCUUCCAGGACCUAAAGGAGACCAAGGUCCAGCUGGUGUGCCGGGAGAACCAGGGCCGGUCGGGCCACCAGGGAACAUGGGCCCUCAUGGACUCAAAGGUUUGCCCGGUGAGAACGGCCUACCUGGGCCCAAAGGUGACAUGGGCCCUGCAGGCCACCCGGGAUUCCCAGGGGUCAAGGGGGAACGAGGCCUACCAGGAUUAGAGGGAAAACCAGGAUACCCAGGUGAGCAGGGUCUUGCUGGUCCUAAGGGACACCCAGGUCUCCCAGGUCCAAAGGGCGAUACAGGCCCUGCUGGGCUACCUGGUCUGCCUGGUCCGAUGGGCCCACAAGGAGCCAAGGGAGUGCCAGGGACCAACGGUGAGCCAGGCCCCAGAGGGCCUUCAGGAAUACCUGGGAUCAGAGGUCCCAUCGGCCCCCCUGGACUGCCAGGAGCCCCUGGUGCGAAGGGUGAGCCAGGAGCACCAGGACUGCCGGGCCCAGCAGGCAUUUCCACAAAAGGUUUAAGUGGACCCAUGGGACCACCUGGACCCCCCGGUCCUAAAGGCAGCAAUGGUGAGCCAGGCUUGCCCGGCCCCCCAGGUCCUCCUGGUCCCCCUGGCCAAGCUGUAAUCCCACAGAUGCCCGAAGGCUAUGUUAAAGCAGGAGAGUCUCGGGACCUAUCAGGGAUUUCUUUCAUAAAAGGGGGAGUAAACCAAGCUCUGACAGGGAUGCCGGUGUCUGCUUUCAGUGUCAUCCUCUCAAAAGCCUACCCCGCAGCAACAGUCCCCAUCAAGUUUGAUAAAAUCUUGUACAAUAGGCAGCAACACUAUGAUCCCAGAACAGGAAUCUUCACCUGCAGGACCCCUGGACUGUACUAUUUCUCCUACCAUGUACAUGCAAAAGGCACAAAUGUUUGGGUUGCACUCUACAAAAAUGGUUCCCCACUUAUGUACACCUACGAUGAGUACAAGAAAGGAUACCUUGACCAGGCUUCUGGCAGUGCUGUCAUCGAUCUCAUGGAGAAUGACCAAGUAUGGCUCCAAUUGCCCAAUUCAGAAUCUAAUGGUCUCUACUCCUCUGACUAUGUUCACUCUUCUUUCUCAGGUUUCCUAUUUGCUCACAUCUAAUAUCCCACUUACCUUGUCCUGACACACUCUCCUUCAGACCAUGUUAACCAGGUACUGCUCUGAUUUG